AUGGUCCUCAAGGUCUUGUGGACAUCCCAACAAAAUGCGCUACUGCUGUCAUCAGUUAUUAGCGAACCUUUCAAAAUCAAACACUCCUCAUUAGCUGAGCAAAUUGUUCAUCAAAAGGAGAAGAUGGAAAGCAUCCUUCUUGCCCUCAUUAUUUUAACCGGGUUUUACAUUAUUCCCAUCUGUUCAGGACAUCUUCCCUACUUCAACAGCCAAGUAUCGCCAUCUAGGGUUGUUUCCAAACAAAACUACUGGUAUACAUACGGUUCUCGUUCUUCGGCUUACCACCAAAAAGAUAACCUUGCAAAAUGGCACCAGUUUCCCUCUAAGCAAGCUGAUCCACUUCCUUGGUGGAAUAAAAUUUCUUCCCCCCAAUACAACGCCCUAAGGGAACCUUCUUCCGCCCUGGGACAGACUACGAAAUUUUCACCUCCACUGCCACAUCAAAAUCGUGAUCAAAAUCGUAAAGUGGACGAUUCAUCAGAUAUUUCGACCCUAAUAUAUCAGUUACAGCAAAAGCUACUCCAAAUUGAGAAACAACUAGGUGAGAAUGGUACUGCAACGAAAAAUGAACCCCAAAAAGAUCCGAUUGAUGUAACGCUGAACCCCAACUCAACUCCAAAACCAAUAGAAUCAUCAGACAACGAUCCAUUUUGGGUACAACUGGAUGUAGUUAACAAGCAGCAAGAUCCGGAACGUCUUAUUAAAACUAUCAAGAUUUUGUUGGAGAAUUUAAAAGAAUCUACAACGCCACCCGCCGGUGACGUUUCCGAGGAGAAUGUGUACAAUUUAAUUGACAUUCGCAGUAACUUUCUUAGCCGAUAG